AUGUUGGAAGUGGUGGCUCUCGAUGCUGCUUACGACUCUGUGAUGAGCAGCCAGGGAAAGAGUGUCUACACGUGCAAGCUGUGCAACAAGGCCUUCCAGAACUACAGCAAUCUCAAGCGACAUGUCAAGCUGCAUGACCCAGUGCAGGAGUACUUUCCAUGCACUCUGUGCCAACGCAAGUAUGGCCGCAAGGACACCCUCAAGGGCCACAUGAAGCAGGCUCAUGGAGUGUUGACACACAACCUGGAUGAAAGUGGUACGACAUUUGACCUUGAAAGGAAGACUCCACGCUGCCGGCUGUGUCAGCGAACGUUCUACAACAGCAGCAGCCUGAGACGGCAUAUGCAGCGCCACUUGGCAAAUAACCGCCAGCGAUUUCCAUGUGGUGUCUGCUCCAAAGAGUUUACAAGAAAGGACUAUGUUCGUGAGCAUCGCAUGAAUGUUCAUGGCAUGCCAACUUAG